AUGAGAUACUUCGCAUAUCCCUUCCUUGUUCAAGGAAACGCAUAUUCUCGCAUAACCGAAAGCCGCCGUAACGACAUCACAAUUGGGCUUCAAAGCUCCGAAAGGAUCUCUAGCCGCACAUCUCGCCAAUCACCCACCAAAAAAAGUGACGAUACGUACAUCCAGCGUAUUGAAGAGAAACUCGCCAGUACGGUAGAUAAACCAGCCCCCAAGUGCGGCGAUUUCGAACGAGCGAUCUGCAAAAAAUUGAAGGAAUUGGCAAAAAAGACAUUCCAAGCUUUUUGCAAAAAGCCAAAGAACACCAUCCAAGCUACAAACCCGGAACAUAAAGCCAAUGCAUAG